AUGGAACACUUGGUUUUCUCCUCAGGGGUCUCUCUUUUUGGCUUGUCCGCCCUGUUGCUCCCUGGGAACUUUGAGUCGUAUUUGGAACUGGUGAAGUCUCUGUGUCUGGGGCCAGCGCUAAUCCACACAGCCAAGUUUGCACUCGUCUUCCCUCUCAUGUAUCAUACCUGGAAUGGGAUCCGACACUUG